ACGACUGUUCGCGUGUCUAAAAGAGCAGACGCCGCGUACUUUUGUACCCAGUGGGUGAUUUCCGAAUACGUGUUUCUCGAUAAAGUCCUUUUCUUUGACAUGACGCGUGAUCAGGGCGGCGGCGUGCGCCGUCGAAAUCCACGCUUAAAGGAUCUUUUGCCUCAUGAAGUACCUGAAAAACCCGAUUGGCCAUAUGGACAUGGAAAACUUGAUCGGCUUAGCAAGGCUCUUGGUUUAACAAUCCUUGUGAUUACGACAUCGUUGAUAGCAUACUUCAGAUACCAACAGCACUUAAAAGACAUUGUUAUUACACCGCUGGAUUCUCCUCGGAUUAUUGCUGACAAUGCAACGUCCGUACAAGUGAAUCCUGAGAGGUUCUGGGGUACAUACAGAUCUCACACCUAUUUUGGCCUAAAAGCUCGAAAUCCAAACUCACCAGUGUUUGGACUUAUGUGGCUGACACAGUUCACCAAUCGCAUGCCUCCUCCCGUGCGUCACUGGUGUGCAGGGGACCAGCUUCUUGGUUACAGUUGGCUUCUACACGACGGGAAGAACUUUGGUGUUCAAGAAUUAGAAGAGCCAACCUACACUAUUAGCACAGAGUUUGUCAAGCGGUAUGGGGGAAAUCAUGGUGGUGACUGGACAGUAAAAAUUACUUUGAUACCAAAGGACGAAAAACAGACUGUGGUGGUAUCCAGCAUGUUUUAUGUUGCACUUGAUGGACAGGGAUCAGUGAAACCAGAAAUGACUCAUAAUGUCUUAUCAGGGGUAAUGGGUCAGUCAGAAGAGUUAGGGUCUUUCAUGCUUCGCUUCCCUAAAGCCAAAACAGCGCAUCAGAAAGUUGCCUAUCUUGUCACCUAUGCCCCUUCCUUGGCACGGCUUACAGAUAUUGUUAAAUCUGCCAUGAGGGUAGAGGCUUGGGACAAGGCACGCACUUUACCGUACUUCACACUUCCUGGCCGCAUGGUGCCAAAAGACUCCCCAGGCGCUAACUUCAUUGUGAAACAGGUAACGGCUACCUUGCCUCUGGAGAUCGAGGUGGUCUUUGAGUCUGGCAGUUUUCAUGACAGACCAAAUGCUCUUGAAGGGGAAGUCUUUAGUGGUGCUCUAAGUUCGCAUAUCGCUGAGUUUAACAAGAAAUUCACAGAUGUAUUUCAUCUAGAGAGAAAGAAUUAUGAAGAGAAACAGAUCCAGGUAGCCAAAGCAGCACUCAGUAACAUGCUUGGUAGCAUUGGGUAUUUUCAUGGUUCAUCUCUAGUCCAGUCCCAAUACAAUCAAGAGCCAGUUAGCUACUGGAAAGCUUCCCUAUUCACAGGGGUUCCUUCUCGGCCAUUCUUUCCACGUGGGUUCCUAUGGGAUGAAGGAUUUCACAAUUUGCUGAUCAGCCGGUGGGAUGAAGAGCUAUCUAAAGAGAUUAUAGGUCACUGGUUGGACAUGAUGAACAUUGAGGGAUGGAUACCACGUGAACAGAUUUUAGGAGAAGAAGCAAGGGCCAAAGUACCAUCAGAAUUUGUAGUCCAGCACAACAAAAAUGCUAAUCCUCCUACCUUUUUCCUCCCCCUCGAACGUCUUAUUCACAUCAUGAUAGCCAGUGGAAAGUCAGAAGACAAAAUAUACCUGGAGGCUCUUUACCCACGUCUGAAAGCAUGGUAUUUGUGGUACAAUACAACCCAGAAAGGGUCUCUACCCUCCUCAUACCUCUGGCAUGGACGAGAUGCCAAGACUGUCAAACAGUUGAAUCCUUUGACCCUAACAUCUGGUCUUGAUGACUAUCCACGUGCUUCACAUCCCACAGAUGAUGAAAGACAUGUUGAUUUGCGCUGCUGGAUAGCUUUUGCAUCUGGAGUGAUGGCAAGGAUAGCAAAGUCCCUUAAUAAAGAUUGGCAAGACUAUGCAGCAACUCAUGAGUAUCUUACAGACAAUGUUUUAUUGGACAGUCUUCAUUGGUCAGAAAAGGGUCAGCAGUACAGUGACUAUGGCCUCCACAGUGAUAAAGUGAAGCUUGAGAAACCACCCCCUCCUCCAAAUCUUCAGCCAGGUCAGCAUCCACCUGAAAUGGACAAAGUUCGCGUCAUGCUUACAGAGCCUAGAAAACAAUUUGUGGAGGCUUUUGGUUAUGUCAGCUUGUUCCCAUUCUUGCUAAAGAUUGUGAAGCCUGACUCGCCAAAACUUUACAAAAUCCUCACUGAUUUGAAAGAUCCAGGACUUCUUUGGACCGACUUUGGCCUACGAUCUUUAGCAAGAAGCAACAGAAUGUAUAACCGACACAACACUCAGCAUGACCCACCAUACUGGCGUGGAGCGAUUUGGAUCAACAUGAACUAUCUUGCACUUCGAGCACUUCACCAUUAUUCCAAUACUGCUGGACCUUAUGCUGAUGUUGCUCAAGAAAUCUAUUCAGAGCUGCGGUCAAAUAUUGUGAAAAACAUGAUAAAUGAAUUUGUGAGAACAGGGUAUAUCUGGGAAAAUUACAAUGACAAAACAGGAGUAGGAAAAGGCAGUCACCCCUUUACAGGCUGGUCUGCAUUACUAGUGCUGAUUAUGGGAGAAAUUUACUGAUCUCCAUAUUUCUCUGAAAAUUUCUGUUGGCAGUGUUCAGCGCAUUUUUCUGUUCUUGUUUCAUGGCAGUAUGGAUUUCAUUGCACAACAGUUCAGUGCUCGAUUGCCAUAAUAACUGACAUGCUUUUAAAAGUUACAUUUGUUAUUUGGUUAUUUCUGUGUGACUGUAUUUUUUUUCCUCUGGCUUGUGUGUUAAAGUUUGCAAAUGAGAAUUGUUUGAUCUUUGACUUUUCUCUUUAAUCUUCUGCCUUGUUCCGACAUCAACUGCUCAUUUGUAGCUCUUGUUUUCUUGGCAGCUGGAUCAACUAUUACAAUAAUGGAAUGUUCAUGUAAGCAUGUAGAUGGAAUGCAAGAGUAGGGUGGAGAGGAAAUAGUGUUUCACGCUGAGUCAGCAACUAAAGCUAUAUCAUGGCAAGGCAGACACCCCUUAAAAUAGAUGCCACAUGCAGAGAAAGACAAGCAUGCCUGAGACGACAGCUGAACCCAGGACUGCCAACCGUCGCAGUAUUGGUGAUGGGCACUAACUGUUGCGCCACCAGACUGCCGGGAAUCCAAGAGUGCAUGCAUGUUUAUCUUCUUUUUACAUAUGUUUGAAAGAAAAGUACAGUUUUGUAAUUAUUGUCUCAUAAGAAUCUAUAGAAAAUUUACAACAACUUCAUUUGUAAACCUGCUGGAGUCAUGUAAUUACAUGAGACAGUUCAUUUUGUUUCUCUAGGAUUGAAGGAGGGGUCAAUGGAUCAACUGUCUAGCAGGUUGCACAGUGCACAGUUCAAAAGCCAAAUCAAAAUAAGUUCAAGGAAACCAUUUAUCACCUUUCAGUGAUAUACUAAAAGCUAGAAAAAUAUUUUAUCUGGUAAACUUUAAAAAGAUAAUUCAGUUGUAACUGCCAUAGACUUGCUGGUUUAGAAGUGCCUGCUAGAACAUUCCACAUUCAUGUUUGUGAUGGAUGCAUGGAUGUGUAUAGGUGGAUUGCUUUCUGCCAAGAGCAAUGCUUAGCCUCUUGCGAAGUUCUCCGCUGAGCGAGCCUAAACAAAGAAUGUGACUAAACCGGAAGCUUUGUAAAAGCAUGCCUUAUUUUAGUAGUUAACUGGAAAAAUAUCGUCUGCCAGCAGUCCAGUAAUAAAAGUUCGUGGAUGGAUGUGUACCCAUUGUUAUAUUUGUAUUUCUUGAAUGUUUAUUUACUUCAUAUAUAUAUAAUUUAUUUGUUCACUUAGACAAUGAGAAAAAUUAAUUAUAGAGAUAAUAUACCAGAUUGCACACAGAACUUUUUAAAAACAAAUGUUUACCUACAAUUGAGAGUACACAAGUAACAAAUUCUGAUUUCUAGCAUUAUUAACUGUCCUAGUUACUGGGCAUAGUGGAAUAAUGGCUAAAGUGCUUGUCACCAUAACAGUGAGAAUCAUGUUUUUGGUUUGAAUCUCAGCUCCAAUAUAUCUUCCUCUGGAUUUAACACCUCCUUACAUGGCUGGCUGUCCAUGGUUUUGUCCUGGUACUCUGGUUUCCUCAACCCUCUGUGUAUGUGUGGAUGUGAAUUGUGUGGAUGUUCAUGUAUCCAAGGUACUUUUGAUAUCUUACCCUGAAAAGGUAUAUGCUUGUACUCUAGAAUGUAAAGUACUUUGAAUCUGGUUUCAGGAAUGAAGUGCUAUAUAAAUGUUUGUUGUAACUUGCAUAUUUCUGUGAAAUGCCAGACAAUGUAAUUCAUGCUUCAUAUUUUCACAUCUAAAUGCCCCAUAUGUACUGCCAAGGCACUUGCCAUCCUGUAGAAACACUGAUUACCUGAUAAUUAUGUAACACUGAAAUAAACUACUUCAUGAGUGAGAUUUCUAAAA